GAAAACUGUACCGUAACCUGGUCAGGUAUUAUACGAGCGCUCAUUCAUGCUCCAAAAACUAGCCUCCUACAGUAUCACACCACCACCACCUCCCGUCUCCAAUAAACAACCCAUCCCAUUAGCCCCAACAGUCCCCGUCGAAAUGUCCGUAUCCGCCCCUCUAACCCUGCAAAAACAAAAACACUUGAAAUACUGGCUCCGCUGUUUGAGAACCUGUCUACCAACCGACUACACCACCACAGACUUGAACCGACUAACGCUUGGCUUCUUCUGCAUCGCGGCCCUCGACCUCCUCGGCUGUCUGCAAACUGAGACGACGGAAGGAGACCGCGCAGGGUGGAUCAACUGGAUCUACAAGAACCAGUUACCCACCGGAGGAUUCCGCGGCAGUCCCGCUACGGAACUGGGCGGAGGGGAGGGUGGCAGCGAGUGGGAUCCACCGAUUGUUCCUGCGAGCUUCUUUGCCCUGGUGGCCUUGGUGAGCCUAGGCGAUGACCUGGAACGUGUGAGGAAGAGGGGGUUGUUGGAACUCCUACCGAAAGUCCAGAGGGAAGAUGGCAGCUUUGGAGAGUGGCUAGGUGGCGAUGGGCAGAUUAUUGGGGGGAGCGAUAUGCGCUUUGUGUAUUGUGCUGUCGCCAUACGUUGGAUUCUGCGAGGGAGGGAAGGGGAGGGUAUGCUUGAGGGGAUCGAGGACAUUGAUGUAGAGGGAGUCGUAAGGUUCAUAAAAUCCGCCGAGAGUUACGAACAUGGGAUAUCGGAUAAGGCGUUUGGGGAGGCUCAUGCGGGAUUGACUUACUGUGCCAUCGGAGCUCUGGCCCUGCUGGGUCGACUACAUCCCACCUCCGACGGACUAUCUACGCAUGCGAACAUUCUCAGAUGGCUUACCUCACGCCAAGUACCUUCCCAAGCGCAUGACGAAUUAAAGGACGAGGAAUACGAGAGUCGCGUAGCCAAUGGCACGGAACAAGAGAUCACAGCUGGGGCUACAAUCACCUGCGGGGUGGAUGGAAAGCCGCUAUGGGCUGGCUUCAACGGGAGGUGCAAUAAGAAAACAGAUACGUGUUAUUCAUUCUGGGUUUGCGGGAGCUUAGAUAUGAUGAAAAAACUCCAUCUGAUUGACUUCAAUAGCAAUCGGCGGUUUCUACUAGAAAAGACGCAACAUUUCAUCGGGGGCUUUGCAAAGUUACCCGUUCCCGGAACGCCGCCGGAUAUCCUACAUAGCUUUAUGGGGCUGGCCAGCCUUGCGCUGAUGAGGGAGGAAGGGCUUAACAGGUUGGAUCCUACACUCUGUAUAAGCAUGCAGGCGAAAGAACGAUUAGUGAACAUGGGCUGGUGGAGGGACGCGACAGUCUGAUUAACUGAUUGCCGCCUCCUUGAGUGUAGUUUAGACAUCCUGCCAAUUGUGAUGAUCUUUG